AUGGACUCGUUCGAUUUCUCCAGGGGAAACGAGUCCCCACAAGAAACCUUCUUUGCCAUGCUUCACCAGUACUUGGUCCAGCUGGGCUGCAGCCAGAGCGCCUCGAUGCUUGUCGAAGAAGCCAAGAUCCACUUCAACAGCGAGGGCGCCUUCAACGAUGCAUACUUGUACGAGUGGUGUCAGACUGCCCAAAUUCCGCCCUCUGCUCCUCAGCAACAGCCCCAGUAUGGCCAGAUGUUAAUGCAAACGCCAGGAGCAACGCCACAAACAACCGCAAAGGCCAAACCGAAAAAGAUCGAACGCAAGACUCCGAAGAAUGCCCCUCCUCUGGCCCCGGUGGGUGCUCCUACCCCAGGUGGUGCACCGGGCUCUCAAGCUGGCCUGGAGAGUCUGGCAAUCAUGGUGCCUGGACAAGUUCCGCUUACCGUUGGAAGAGGCCAGCCGCCGGCAAAGAGACAUAAUCUGGCCAGUAUCGCCAUGCAGCGGCCCCAGCUACAGCCCCAGCAGAGGGCAGCCGUUUCCCAGCAGCAGAUGGCUCGAGCACCCCAGGCCCAGGCCCGAAAUAACAGGAAACCCGUUGCACAGACGCCACAGAACAAGCCCCAGCAGGUCGGCCCCAUACAGCAGAAUCAGCAGACCCCCAGCCAGAGCCAGACCCAGCAGAACCCGCCAAGCCAGCAGAACCAGCCUAGCCAGCAGAACCAGCCCAAUCAGCCGCCCGUGCAGCCGAACCAAGGAAUGGGCAUGCCCAUGGGCGACAACUACAUGCCUACUAAUGUGCAACUGGUACCUCUGGCGCCGCCGCUGGCACCCAGCCUGGGCCCUAAUUCAGGUCCUAACCUGAAACCGAACCUGGAACCCAACCUGACGAACUUUGCCCUGCAGCCGCCGCCCCUUAUGCCCGGAAUGAACGGCGACUCCCUCAACGGACAACCCGACGGACUCAUGGACAAUGAAUUUGGCAUGAACUUCUUGGGAGCAGACCUCAAUAUGGACCUCAAUGGGUUCGACAUGACCAGUAUGCUUAAAUAG